UCGCUCGGACGGGGGGCGGGAGAGCGCGGGAGGGCGCGCCCCACAAAGUUGGCGAGGGGCAGAGCGAGCGGGCGGGCGGGCGGGCGAGCAAACUUCGCCUCCAGAGCUCCCCGGGCGGCCGGGAACAUGGCGGCGGAGCCCGGGGCCCCGGCGGCCGUGGCGCUCGGCCGGCCGCAGCAGCGGCGGAGGCGGGAGCUGCCCUCCGAGGACUAGCGGAGCCCAGAGCAGGCGGCGGACCCCCCCCCCCCCGGCCGCGCACCAUGGCUCGCUGGAUCCCCACCAAGAGGCAGAAGUACGGAGUCGCGAUCUACAAUUACAAUGCAUCCCAAGACGUGGAGCUGUCUUUGCAGAUCGGGGACACCGUCCACAUUCUGGAGAUGUACGAAGGUUGGUUCAGAGGAUAUACGCUGAGAAAUAAGGCUAAAAAGGGGAUUUUCCCUGAAACCUAUAUCCAUUUGAAGGAGGCAACUGUGGAGGAUCGAGGGCAACACGAGACCGUGAUUCCCAGCGAGGUGCCACUGGUGCACGAGCUCACCUCUACCCUCCGAGAAUGGGCGGUCAUCUGGCACAAGCUCUAUGUGAACAACAAGGUGACCCUUUUCCGCCAGCUGCAGCAAAUGACCUACAGCCUGAUUGAGUGGAGGUCGCAGAUCCUGUCGGGAACCCUCCCCAAGGAUGAGCUGGCCGAGCUUAAGAAGAAGGUCACGGCCAAGAUUGAUCAUGGCAACAGAAUGCUGGGACUCGACCUCGUGGUUCGAGAUGAGAAUGGAAACAUUUUGGAUCCCGAUGAGACCAGCACCAUUGCCCUGUUCAGAGCCCAUGAAGUGGCCUCCCAGAGGAUUGAAGAAAGGAUCCAAGAAGAAAAGUCCAUUCUCCAGAAUCUGGAUUUGCGAGGCCAGUCAAUCUUCAAUACAAUGCACACCUACUGCCUCUAUGUCAACUUCAAAAACUUUGUCUGCAACAUUGGGGAGGAUGCUGAGCUGCUUAUGGCCCUCUACGACCCAGAUCAGUCCAGAUUUAUCAGUGAGAACUACCUGAUUCGCUGGGGCAGCAAUGGGAUGCCUAAGGAGAUCGAGAAGCUCAAUAAUCUUCAGGCUGUCUUUACUGAUCUCAGUAGCACCGACCUUAUCCGGCCCAAGAUCAGCCUCGUGUGCCAGAUCGUCCGGGUAGGCCACAUGGAGCUGAAGGAGGGAAAGAAGCACACCUGUGGCCUCCGCAGGCCUUUUGGGGUGGCAGUGAUGGAUAUUACCGAUAUCAUACAUGGGAAGGUUGACGACGAAGAAAAACAACAUUUCAUUCCCUUUCAGCAGAUUGCUAUGGAAACCUACAUCCGACAGAGACAACUUAUCAUGUCACCGCUGAUAACCUCCCAUGUGAUCGGGGAGAAUGAGCCCCUCACAUCGGUCCUAAAUAAAGUGAUUGCAGCCAAGGAAGUGAAUCAUAAAGGACAAGGUCUUUGGGUUUCUCUGAAGCUGCUCCCUGGUGACCUCACACAAGUGCAGAAAGAUUUCUCACACUUGGUUGACAGGAGCACAGCCAUAGCUCGAAAAAUGGGUUUCCCUGAAAUCAUCCUUCCAGGGGAUGUUCGGAAUGACAUCUAUGUCACUCUGAUCCACGGUGAAUUUGACAAAGGGAAAAAGAAGACACCAAAGAAUGUCGAGGUGACUGUUUCCGUGUAUGAUGAGGAUGGCACGUUGCUUGAGAAAGCUAUUCAUCCAGGUGCUGGCUAUGAAGGCAUUUCAGAAUACAAGUCUGUUGUCUACUACCAAGUCAAGCAGCCCUGCUGGUAUGAAACAGUGAAGGUAUCUAUUGCCAUUGAAGAGGUCACCCGUUGUCAUCUCAGAUUUACUUUCCGGCACAGGUCAUCACAGGAAUCCAGAGAUAAAUCUGAAAGAGCUUUUGGGGUGGCCUUUGUGAAGCUGAUGAACCCAGAUGGAACCACAUUGCAGGACGGAAGGCAUAAUCUGGUAGUAUAUAAGGGAGAUAAUAAAAAAAUGGAAGAUGCUAAAUCCUACCUGACACUGCCCAGCACAAAGAUAGAAAUGGAGGACAAGGAUUUCUCCCCAGGCAAAAAUACGCACUUGUCCACCUUCACCGCAACCAAGGAUAGCACCAAAGACAGCUUCCAAAUCGCCACCCUGAUUUGCUCCACAAAACUGACCCAGAAUGUUGACCUCUUGGGGUUGUUAAAUUGGCGUUCCAACUCACAGAACAUAAAACACAACUUAAAGAAGCUAAUGGAGGUGGACGGGGGAGAGAUUGUAAAGUUCCUACAAGAUACUCUUGAUGCACUUUUUAACAUAAUGAUGGAAAUGUCCGACAAUGAAACCUAUGAUUUCCUUGUAUUUGAUGCACUGGUAUUUAUUAUCUCGCUGAUAGGAGACAUAAAGUUCCAGCAUUUUAAUCCUGUACUUGAAACCUACAUUUACAAACACUUCAGUGCUACCUUGGCAUAUGUGAAACUCACGAAAGUGCUGAACCAUUAUGUGGGUAACGCUGAAGACUCCAGCAAGACAGAUUUGCUUUUUGCAGCUCUGAAAGCCUUGAAGUACCUCUUCAGAUUUAUCGUCCAGUCUCGCGUGCUGUACCUGAGAUUUUAUGGUCAAAGUGAAGAUGGGGAUGAAUUUAACAAUGCAAUUCGCCAUCUAUUUCUUUCCUUUAAUAAUCUAAUGGACAGACCCCUGGAAGAAGCUGUUAAGAUCAAGGGUGCGGCUCUGAAGUACCUUCCUAAUAUAAUUAAUGAUGUCAAGAUGGUGUUUGAUCCUGUUGAACUCAGCGUCCUCUUCAGCAAAUUCAUCCAAAGCAUCCCUGAUAACCAGCUCGUCCGACAGAAGCUGAACUGCAUGACCAAGAUAGUGGAGAGUCACCUUUUUCACCAGACAGAGUGCAGAGAUGCCCUGCUGCCCCUGCUUAUUGACCAGCUCAGCGGCCAGCUCGAUGACAACUGCAACAAGCCUGAUCUGGAGGCCAGCUCCCAGCUGCUUCGAAACAUCCUGGAGGUGCUGGACAGGAAGGAUGUGGGCCCUACCUCGAUGCACAUCCAGCUGAUCAUGGAGCGCCUGUUGAGGAGGAUCAAUCGGACGGUGAUUGGGAUGAGCCGGCAAUCUCCCCACAUAGGCAGCUUUGUGGCUUGCAUGACUGCCAUCCUCCGGCAGAUGGAUGAUUUCCAUUAUAACUACUAUAUCAGCACUUUCAAGACCAGGCAGGAUAUCAUUGAUUUCUUGAUGGAAACCUUCAUCAUGUUCAAAGAUCUCAUUGGGAAGAAUGUGUAUCCCCCGGACUGGAUGGUCAUGAAUAUGAUGCAGAACAGGGUUUUUCUCCGGUCUAUAAACCUCUUUGCUGAAGUUCUCACAAAGUUCUUCAUGGAUCAGGCAAGCUUUGAACUCCAGCUUUGGAACAAUUAUUUCCACUUGGCUGUUGCCUUCCUCACCCACGAAUCCCUUCAGCUGGAAACCUUCUCUCAAGCCAAGCGCUCCAAAAUGAUCAAGAAAUAUGGGGAUAUGAGAAAGGAAAUCGGCUUUAGAAUCCGGGAUAUGUGGUAUAACUUGGGCCCCCACAAGAUCAAGUUCAUUCCCUCCAUGGUGGGUCCCAUCUUGGAGGUGACCUUGACCCCGGAGACCGAGCUCCGGAAGGCCACAAUCCCCAUCUUCUUCGACAUGAUGCAGUGUGAGUUCAAUUUCAGUGGAAAUCACAACUUCCAGAUGUUUGAGAAUGAACUGAUCACCAAGUUGGACCAGGAGGUGGAAGGAGGCCGGGGUGAUGAACAGUACAAAGUCCUGCUUGAGAAGCUGCUCCUGGAACACUGCCGGAAGCACAAGUACCUCGCCAGCUCCGGGGAAGUCUUUGCCCUCCUGGUCAGCAGCCUUUUGGAGAACCUGCUGGAUUACAGGACCAUCAUGCACGACGAAAGCAAAGAGAAUCGCAUGAGCUGCACGGUCAACGUGCUGAAUUUUUAUAAGGAAAAGAAGAGAGAGGACAUUUACAUAAGGUAUCUGUACAAACUUCGAGACUUGCACCGGGACUGUGAGAACUACACUGAGGCUGCAAACACCCUCCUGCUGCACGCGGAGCUCCUCCAGUGGUCAGACAAGCCCUGUGUGCCCCACUUGCUCCAGAGGGACAGCUACCAUGUUUAUUCCCAGCAAGAGCUCAAAGAGAAGCUGUACCAAGAGAUCAUCUCGUACUUCGAUAAGGGCAAAAUGUGGGAGAAAGCCAUCAAACUCAGCAAGGAGCUGGCCGAGACCUACGAGAGCAAAGUGUUCGACUAUGAGGGGCUUGGCAACCUCCUGAAAAAAAGAGCCUCGUUUUAUGAGAAUAUCAUGAAAGCCAUGAGACCCCAGCCAGAGUACUUUGCCGUUGGUUACUACGGACAAGGUUUCCCAUCAUUUCUUCGGAACAAAAUCUUCAUCUACCGAGGAAAGGAGUAUGAGCGGAGGGAAGACUUUAACCUGAAGCUGCUGACUCAGUUUCCCAAUGCAGAGAAAAUGACCAGCACAACUCCUCCAGGAGAGGAAAUUAAAUCAUCUCCCAAACAGCACAUGCAGUGCUUCACAGUGAAGCCCGUGAUGAACCUACCUCCAAAUUAUAAGGACAAACCUGUGCCAGAGCAGAUCUUGAACUACUACAGGGCCAACGAGGUUCAGCAGUUCCAGCACUCCCGGCCCUUUCGGAAAGGAGAAAAGGAUCCAGACAAUGAGUUUGCAACCAUGUGGAUCGAAAGAACCACCUACACCACUGCCUACACCUUUCCUGGGAUUCUCAAGUGGUUCGAGGUCAAGCAGGUCACCACGGAAGAAAUCAGCCCCUUGGAAAACGCCAUUGAGACCAUGGAGCUCACCAAUGAGAAGAUCAGUAAUAGUGUCCAACAACAUGCGUGGGACCGCUCGCUCUCCGUACACCCCCUCUCCAUGCUACUCAACGGCAUUGUAGACCCUGCUGUCAUGGGUGGAUAUUCCAACUAUGAAAAGGCCUUUUUCACAGAGAAGUACCAGCAGGAGCACCCAGAAGACCAGGAGAAGAUUGAGCUGCUCAAACGCCUCAUUGCCUUACAGAUGCCCCUACUUGGAGAAGGAAUCCGAAUUCACGGAGAGAAGCUGACCGAGCAGCUGAAGCCGUUGCAUGACCGACUGACCACCUGUUUCCAGGAGCUCAGGGAGAAGGUGGAGAAACUCUAUGGAGUCAUCACUCUGCCUCCCACCUUGACAGAGAGGAAGCAGAGCAGGACGGGCUCUGUGGUGCUGCCGUACAUCAUGUCUUCCACCCUCAGAAGACUGUCUGUCACGUCGGUGGCUUCCUCGGUGAUUUCCACCUCUUCCACAUCCUCGGAUAGCACUCCUUCCAGACCAGGAUCAGAUGGAUCCAUCCUAGAGCCCCUCCUGGAGCGGCGGGCUUCGUCAGGGGCCAAGGUGGAGGACCUGUCCCUCAGAGAAGACGGCGAUAACAGGAUCGGCAAGUUCAAGCGGAAAGACUGGAAUAUCAGCAAAUCCCAGGUCAUUGCGGAGCGAGAGCCGGAAGCUGACCUGCUGAGUCCUACUAGCAAAGUCCAAAGGCCCAAGAGUCUCCAGUUGGUGGACAGCCGGCUGACCUUGUUCCAUGGCUCAUCCCUGCCCUCGGCCGUCCCCCUGAGCCCACCCCCACUGACCCCAAAAACACCCAGGACCCAAAGCUCUCCAACAUUGCAGGUAGAUGGACUGAUGUCUUCUGGUUCAAAGACAUUACCCCCUCCUCCCCCUCCAAAGAGCAAGCCCUACGAGAGCAGCAGCCAGAGGAACUCAACAGAGGUUGCACCCCCGCUUCCCAUCCGUCGAGAAGCCAAAGCUCCGCCACCUCCGCCUCCUAAGGCCCGCAAGUCGGGAGUCCUCUCCAUGGAACCAGGCUCUCAGUGAAGACCCUGCUUCUCCUCGGUACCUCUCUAGUAUUGGGAGAGCUGCCCACAUGGACAGUCCAUCUCAAGACCAGCUCCAAAAGGCAAUGGCGCCCCUGUCCUUGUUUUCAAACCCUUCUGAUCUGGGAUGACCUUGAACUGGACUGAGUCUUUCCAGAGCUUCCCCCACAGCCAUGUCCCAAGGCCGUCUCACACCUUCUUCACUCACUUGCAGAAUUCCAAAAUUUAUUACAGCCUUGACAUAAUCUUUAAACAUCUACCUUCACCCACAGCCAUUUGGACGUCCAAAGAGUCUCUGGCCAUCUAGUUGUCUGAGUGAUCUUUGAGUCCUUUCCCUGUCCAUGAAAGGCAUUAUUUGCUUUGCUUCUGAAAAGCAAUGCUGGAGUUUGGAUUCCCUUCCUCGCAUGGACAUACCCUCUCCCAUGUACUUAAAUGCGGACCAUUUUUGGUAGCUAAAGUAAUAAUAAUUCAUUCGUAUCUUUGAUGGGCUCUUGGAGAAAAGGGGGUAUCUCCAAGGAAAGGCUGGACACACCACCUUUUGGUGAUGAUGUAAAACCUCAUGGGAAGUGGGAUGGAUUCAGGUAGGAUUGCACCAGAAAGCUGCCUCGGUACCUCCCGAAUCCCAUAAUUCCAUGAGUCUAUGGGCAAAGUUACAAGGAGCCAUGUUGAUCAUGGCUGUGAAUUGGAAUGAAAAGAUGGGUGAGAUUCCCUCACUCCAAUAACCGGAAGAACUCAAAAGACUCUUAAAUAGUUGAGAAUUAAUUAAAUUCUGUUUCUACCAAGGGCUAAAAGCAAAGAAUUUCUCCCAAGUGGAACACUUUCAGGAUGCUCUGGUCACAUCGUGGGUCUUAUCUGUUCUCCUGAGAGUCUGCAUCCCUUGUCUGACUCAUGGUCCUCAGUCCUGGGGGUUCUGUCGAGUCAACAAACAUCUAUUAAACACUUCCUGUAUGCCAGGCAAGGUGCCAAAUACUGGAAAUAUAAAUACAAUUAGGCAGGCCAUCUGUGCUCUCAAGAAACCUAUGUUCUAAUGGGGGAAGACAGCACUUAACAGUGUAAGGGGAGAGGAAAGAGGGCUUGUGGAGGAGAAAAUCUAGAGUCGGGAGUGGAACCUGGAGAGGCAAGUUCCUUCCUUAUAGUCUGACCUUCAUUCUCCCCCAUCCCACUAACCGUGGAGUCUGACCUUCAUUCUCCCCAUCCCACUAACCGUGGAGGCUGAUCUUCAUUCUCCUCCAUCCCAUUAACCAUGGAGUCUGAUCUUCAUUCUCCUUCAUCUCACUAACCUUGGCGUCAGAUCUUCAUUCUCCUCCAUCCCACUAACCAUGGAGUUUGGUUUUCAUUCUCCUCCAUCCCACUAACCAUGGAGUCUGACCUUUAUUCUCCCCCAUCCCACUAACCAUGGAGUCUGACCUUCAUUCUCCUCCAUCCUCCUCUCUGUGACUCAGUGGUCUGGACAUACUUCUACAUUUAGCAAGACCCAACCUAACACUUUUCUUUCCACACAAUGGAUUUUGCUUUUUAAGAUCUACACAAUUUCCCCAAAGCAAGCCCUUUAAAUUCCUCCAUAGAACUGAGAAAUUUACAAGAACUUCUAGCACUUACAUAAUGCCUUAAAAAUGUCUUUUUUGGUCUGAUGAGGGUUCUCUGUCCAGCCAGAUCCACAACUGCCCUUCAGGAUCAGUCUGAGAGGUGCCUGGGAGUAAGGAGAGAGAAAAUGACUUGGCCCUGGUCGGUAUGGGGCAGAAGCAGGGCUUGGACCCCAUUCUUCCUGCCUUUGAAGCCAGAUGUUCAGCCAAUCAGCCCCAUUUCCUCUCUCCCUGCAUGUAGCAGAUGGUUCAUACAGAUUAGGAGGCUCUGAUACUUUCUUAGCUGUGAGAUCUUGGACAAGUCACAGGAAGUUUUGGCCACAAGAACCGGGAGUUCUUGUUUUGGGCACAAGUUUUGGGUGCAGAGAAUGCUUCCUUUAGUCCAUCAACCAUUUCCAUUAGGGAAGGAAGGGAUGAAAAACACCUCAAGUUGGACUUUGAAGGAGGAGGAGGAUUUCAACAGGUGGAGACUAAGUGUGUGUAUAAUGUUAGAGGGGGAGCUGUCCCACCCAUUGAAAGUUUCAGCACAAGAACAAAAAAGGCAGAGUUCAGACCCCUCUCUGUUCCCCCACCCCCAAAUUAUCACAUCUGCCAGAAACUCUGCCUGAAUUCCUUCCUGUCCCACACAGCUGGGUCUUUUAGGCACCAGGAUUUAACCUGAUAUCCACAACUUAAAUGGGGAAAAACUUACAUCUUCAUUUCCACUAACCACCAAAAUUUAGCAGUUAUGAGUAUGGCAAGCACAAUUAUCUUGAGAAAGUUCCCAGGCUUCACUGCCCUGCCAAAGGGGGCCCAAACAUCAACAAGAGUACAAACCUCCACCUUAAAGGCAGAAAGAGUUGAGAAGGGCCUCAAGCCAAAGAAAGUGGGGAGAAUGGGUGCGUUGGGGCUUCCCACCUGCCUUUUUUUAGGGCCAUUUUGCCUUCCUACUCUCUCCCUUACCCCUGGAGGGAAAUAAGCCUGGAUGAUCGCAUUUAUUUUAGGGGUGAGGAAACCAAGAAAGCAAGAAGGUGACAAGGUCUCAAACCUCCACCCCAAGAAACUGAUAUUCAGUGGUGAUGGAUCCAUGGAGAGAUCCCUGCCCUAGAGUCUUGGCCACUGCCUCUGUCCCUUCCCUUCCCUAGACUUGAGUUUUCUCAUCUGUAAAAUGAGAGGGUUGGAUGAGAUAGGUGGGGAUGAAAGGCUCUGGAGCUCCUAGGAUUCUUCCAGCCCUCAAAGCCCUCAACUUUCACUCUAACUAAAAGGUAUAGAAUGGUUCAUUCAAGAGGGAGAAAAGGCACUUGGAUCCCAGCCUUGCAAAGUACUGAGGGUGAGCCCAGUCAUCUGGUGGGCUAACUAUGGUCCUCUGAGAAUUGAUGGAUCUGUGUCCAUCCUUCCAGUGUUUUAUGUGGAGAUUGAGUUUUCCAUAUUAAUGAAUAUUACGUUCCCUAAUCUUCGCCACCGACACUCCCAACACACACAGAGUCACAUGUAAAAUCCACACUCUCGUGACCUUUUAAAUGCAGUGAGGAUUGUAGAAAGCAGGAAGGGAUUGGAAAGGAAAAUUAUGAGACUAGAUAGUCUAUUAGCGUAGAACAGAAUUUCAGACAUUAGUUAUCUGGGAAGUUGGCCAAAAAAAGGCAGCCCCCAAAAUGUCCACACUUCAAUUGCUACCAGUAGGGUUUACCAAGUCCAGGAUAAUCCAAACACUUGAUUCCCUAAGCCUUUCCGCAGUGCACCAUCUGAGAGCUUCCCUGGCCAGGAAAUCCACUCCUUGGCUGUUUGGGCACCAUGUUCUGCUUUAUGUGGGUUGUGCCGGACACGAGUUCCCUCUGCGAGAGUAGAGUGAAUAAUGUGUUGGUUCUAGUCAGCAGAAGGACGAAGGAGGAUUUAUUUGCCUUUGGAGGGUGUGAUGUGCCUGGAGUUUCAACACCCAGACCAUUUUAUCAGCAACCCUUCUGUCUGUUCACCAGUGUCUAGUCUUAACCUUCAAAGCCCUGCCCUGUGAGGAUUGGUUGAAGGAACUCUUAAGCUUGGGGAAAAACGACUCUGUUGGGAGAGGGAGGCGUGCCGUGGGGGUGAAAGGUACCUCUCUUCAAGGUCCCGGGAAAGAAUGAGUAAAUGAAUUGAAAAGAGUAAGUAAAAGAAUAAAAAAAAAAAAAGAAUAAACUUUUUCUCCUUGAUUCCAGAGAGGAAAAUUAGAACAGUGGAUUCAAGGUAUACAGGGAGGCUUUAGCUUGAUUGAAGGAAACUUGCCAAAAAAUCUGGCAAUCACCAAAUUAAAUGGUUUGCCCUUGUGUGGUUGGAUCUCCCUCAUUGGGUACUGGUAAGUCAUAGUUGGAUGACCACUGACCAUACAUACCUGAGUUAUAGUGGGGAAUCUUUUAGGGGAAGGGAUUGAAGUAGAGGCCUGGGGAUGUUCCACUCCCCCCCCCCCCACAACUCUGAAAUUCUGUAAUUCUGUGCCUUUCUUCUGUGUGAUUGUUGGACGACUUUUUUUAAACCCAUAGUUGGGAAAGAUGCUUGGAGAAGGCUGGAAAUUUUUUGCUGAGAUUUGCUGUUAUUUAUUUAUUUUUAAAUUAAACCUGGAAUUGAUUUUUCUGAAGUAUUCUAUGGUUUUGGUUGACUGGUAGCUUUUCUUUAGAGAAGUGAUACCCUCCUGAACCUUUCCUCCCCUUCUCCCAUAUACCCACCUUGGCUAUCUCUGAAGCUACAGUUCAGACACAUUUUCUGUCUCUGUCUCUGUCUCUGUUUCUCUCUCUGUCUCUGUCUCUCUCUCUUUCUCUCUCUCUCCUCCCCCCACCCCCAUCUCUGUCUCUCUGUCUCUCUAUAUGUAUAUCUGUCUUUGUCUCUAUGUUUACAAGAGCCUAGGUGACACGUCAGAACCGACACCAUUGGCACCUGGGGCCAGUGGAAGGCUCACCUGGGGCACACCCUGGGAGAAGGAAGUGCAUCCCAGGCUAAUGGCAGCACCUCACAAUGGCCUGCCCAGGGAGCAAAGUCCUCCUGACCAUAUCCUGAUUACUUACCUACAAAUCUGGCUCCUCUUACCUCAGGAUUAUAUAAGGUUUCAUCUAAGACUCAACCAAAUACCUGCAAGAAUUACUAUUAGUUUUCAAGCCGCUCCCCUUUUUAUUAUCUAAUUUCUGCAGAUUAAAUCUGUAUUGGGUUUUUUUUUUUACAUUGCCUAAAUUUUCUUUUCAUUUUCUCUCUCCUUUCACUCAGAGAACUAUCCUUUUUAUUAACAACAACAACAAAAAAAAAAGUCUGAUCUUUUCAACAAAAUCUUAACAAAUUGGUUAGUGCCAUGUAGCAUUGCCCUGGGAAUCCUGCCUUCCUUUUCUGACCCUGCCACCAAUUUGCUGUAUCACUUUAUUUCAAAUGUCUCUAUUUAUAAAAUGAGAGGGGCCGGAUCUCUAAAAACCCUUUGAUGUUUAAUAUUCUCUUAUUUUAAAUGAAUCCCUGCUCCAUUGGUAACUAUUUGAUCCAUGUUUGUAUGUAUGCGUGUGUAUUUGUAGAGACAUGUAUUUAUUCAUACAUGUACAUGUGUGUAUACAUAUAUAUACAUAGAUUUAUAUAUAAAACCCUUGUAGGUCACAAAUUUUUAGACUCAUAAAGCUCUAAAGGGGCAUUUCCAAGCAGCCUGGUACAAAGGGACAGAGUUAGCUGGUCUGGAGGAUGUAGGGUCUGGGUAAUGUUGGGCCAGUCCCUGAGACUCCCGACAACUCUCCAGUUCAGGGGAGACGGAGUAGGUGCUGCUCUGUUUUGGGAGGGGAUGUUCCUCAUGGUCACAAGACCGGUGCUUGGGGCUAGGUAUUUGCCAGAAGUAUAGGGUGGGAUGGGACCAGAUGACCCCUGAGGUUUCCCCUAUCUCUGGGAUUCUACACGCCAGUCCCUCCUGCUGGCAAGCACCUCCUCCAGCUUCUCAAGGGCGUGAACGUCUUUCUCAAAGAUCAGUUGACCAUUGGCUUAUUGGAAAGCAUCAGAAGCUGGCCCUCGCCCACAAAGCCCAGGGUUGGGUGAGAGGCACUUGCCUAGGCAAGAGCUGGAGGGCCGAAUGUUCCUCCCCUGGCACUGCCAGUCUCCAUUGGGGCACAGGCAGCCUGCCUCUUUGGGAAUCAGAGGGACUUCCUGGGAGGCUAAAUGGGAUCUAUCAACUAAGUGGAUCCUGGGAGGCUAAAUGGGGGUCUAUCAAUAAAGUGGGUGCAGUUUUAUUUUCCUUUUCUGAGAAUUGUAUUAACAGAUGUACAAUUUGUAAAUAAUGCAGUUUUUUAAGGAAAUGAAUAAAUAAAUGUAGUUUUUGAGUGAAUGACCAAUGAAAA